AUAAACUAUGGUCGGAAUGAAAACUGUUUGUAUAUCUUAUGGAUGUAAGGUUAUAUUAUGAUGUUUUAAUUAGUAAAAUAUAAAGAUAAAUAUUUCUUUAAGAGCUUGAUUGUGAUUUGAAUUUUGAAAAUGACUUCUAUAAUUAAAGUUCAGGCCCUCUCAGGGGUAAUGGACGAAUCACCACCUUGUUACAUACUACAAGUAGACGAUGUGAGAAUAUUAUUGGAUUGUGGUUGGGACGAGAAAUUUAAUCCCGACUUUAUAAGAGAACUCAGAAGAGUUGUCCAUACCAUCGAUGCAGUUUUAAUAUCAUAUCCAGAUGUCUUGCAUAUGGGAGCACUUCCUUAUGCUGUUGGAAAGUUAGGACUUAACUGUCCAAUUUAUGCAACAAUUCCAGUUUAUAAAAUGGGCCAAAUGUUCUUAUAUGACUUGUAUCAGUCUCACUUUAAUAUGGAAGAUUUUGAUAUUUUAUCAUUGGAUGAUGUAGAUGCAACAUUUGAGAGAAUUAUACAGUUGAAAUAUAAUCAGAGUGUACCUUUGAAAGGUAAAGGAUAUGGAUUGACGAUAACUCCACUACCAGCUGGUCAUAUGAUUGGUGGAACCAUUUGGAAAAUAAUGAAAUCAGGAGAAGAAGAUAUAAUUUAUGCAAAUGAUUUCAAUCAUAAAAAAGAAAGACAUCUUAAUGGUUGUGAAUUGGAAAAAUUACAAAGACCCUCUCUUCUUAUUAUUGAUGCAUUUAAUGCAAAUUAUCAACAAGCUCGGAGAAGAGCUAGAGAUGAAAAACUAAUGACAAAUAUAUUGCAGACUUUGAGAAAUAAUGGAAAUGUAUUAAUAGCUGUGGAUACUGCAGGUCGUGUUUUAGAAUUAGCUCAUAUGUUGGAUCAACUGUGGAGAAAUAAGGAAUCUGGACUUUUGGCCUAUUCAUUAGCGUUGCUGAAUAAUGUUAGUUACAAUGUAGUGGAAUUUGCGAAAUCGCAAAUUGAAUGGAUGAGUGAUAAAUUGAUGAGAAACUUUGAAGGGGCUAGAAAUAAUCCUUUUCAAUUUAAACACCUGCAGCUAUGCCAUACUUUACAGGAACUGUCAAGGGUGCCCAAUCCUAAAGUAGUACUUGCAAGUUCCCCAGACUUAGAAAGUGGUUAUUCAAGAGAGUUGUUUUUACAAUGGUGUUCUAACCCUAACAACAGUGUUAUUAUUACAACAAGAACAUCACCAGGUACCUUAGCCAGAGAUCUCCUUCAUAAUGGUGGUAAUGGGAGAACCAUAGAUUUAGAAAUAAAACGCCGAGUCAGACUAGAAGGUUCUGAAUUGGAAGAAUAUCUAAAAACUCAAAAAGUAAAAAGUGGAAACGAUCACUUAAAACAAGAUUCAGAGUCUGACUCAGAUGAUGACAUAGAGAUGAGUGUAAUCUCCAAAGGACGUCAUGAUAUUGUUAUCAAGCAAGAGGGGCAUGUUUCUGGUGGGUUCUUCAAAGUAACAAAAAAACAAUAUCCUAUGUACCCAUUCCAAGAAGAAAAAAUAAAAAGUGAUGAUUAUGGUGAAAUAAUAAAACCAGAGGACUACACUCUCGCUGAUAUCAAUACCGAGGGAGAAGAUAAUAAAGAGAACAUUGUAAUCAAGAAAGAAGAAGAUGUCAUUAUUGAGACUCCAGAAUUCCCUACAAAAUGUAUUAAUUUAAGCAGAACUGUACAAGUGAAUUGUCAAGUACAGUACAUCGAUUUUGAGGGGAGAUCAGAUGGCGAAUCAUUAAUGAAAAUAAUAUCUCAGCUCAAACCAAGAAGGGUUAUUAUUGUGAGAGGAGAUGAAGAAAGUACAAUUACUAUGAAAAAACACUGUGAGACCUUAGAAUCAAGAGUAUUUACACCUGUUAAAGGAGAGGUAGUGGACUGUACGACUGAAAUCCAUAUUUAUCAGGUACGCUUGACAGAUGCCUUGGUGUCCCAACUAAAUUUCCAGAAAGCUUCCAAGGAAACUGAAGUAGCAUGGAUUGAUGCACAAAUAGUGAAGAGGGAGAGUCAAUCUGAUGCAAAACGGAUGACCCUUGAUAAUGAACCAAUGGAAGUGGAUGAUGAGGAAUCUCAGAUACUUACUUUGGAACCAACUCCAUCCGAUGAUUAUCAUGACACAGUAUUUAUAAACGAACUGAAGCUUUCAGAGUUUAAACAAGUUCUGUCCAAAUGUAAUAUAAUUUCUGAGUUUUCGGGGGGUGUGUUGUGGUGCUGUAAUGGUACAAUAGCAGUCAGAAGAGUGGAAUCUGGUAGAGUUAUCUUGGAAGGAUGCAUAUCUGAAGAAUAUUACAAAGUAAGGGAAAUACUUUACCAACAGUUUGCUAUUUUGUGAAUAUUAAAUUUUUAUCUAAAUGUUUAUCAAUAAGUUCAAAUAAAAUGACAUAAUGUAAAUUUU